AUGAAGGAUCUCCGAGGAAAAUCAGCCAUCGUCACCGGCGGUGGCUCUGGGAUCAACCUCGCGCUUUCCCAGUUACUUGUCGAUUCUGGUUGUAACGUGCUCAUUGCGGACUUGAGACUACAUGCUACGGCUCAAGAAUGGAUGCAAACGAUAUCACAGAAGCAGCAAAACACGCAACAAGCGCGAAUAGGCCGGGUGGAAUUCGUGCAGACAGACGUCACAUCAUGGCCCCAGCUAGAACACACAUUUGAGGUCUGUAUACAGGUCUUCAACACACCUUGUCCGGAUAUUAUCAUUCCUGGUGCUGGAAUAUAUGAGCCUUUGUCCCAAUCGUCAGAACUGUCUUUCUGGGCGGAUCCCGGAACAGAAAACGAUUUCGGUCAUUAUAAAGUGCUCGACAUCAAUCUCAUUCACCCUAUCAAGAUGACUCGCAUUGCAAUCAAAAGAUUCAUUGAGAUAAAGAACUGCACAAGGCCAUCAACACUAUCUUCUGAAAUGUGUGUACUACAUGUAUCUAGUAUCGCCGGACAGCGAUCCGGGAUGGCAACCCCCUUAUACCAGGCCAGUAAACAUGGCAUCAACUCCUUUGUCAGGGGUAUGGCGCCAUUGCAAGACCUUCUAGGGAUCCGAAUUGUUGGUGUCGCUCCAGGCACGAUACGAACACCUCUUUUCACAGAGGAUCCUUCAGCAGCGAAAAUUCUUGAUCUAGACAAGGAUUUUCUACUGCCACCGCAAGAAGUUGCGCAGGCAAUGAUGGCACUUAUCACGCGUCCUCAAAAAUACAAACCAGGCACUAUUCUAGAGGUGUGUGAUGUUGGCGGCGAGGACCGAUGGCGUGAGGCCGAUCUGCUUAAUGACCCUGGUCCUAGUGGACCAGCGAGUAAGACAUCGAACAAGGGAAGAGCUAUCGAAGAGAUUUUACAGCUAUUAGGGGUCGAGAUCGGCCCUGUUAGUGGCAGUAAAGGUGUCAAGAAUGAGUGA